GGAAAAUACACACAAAAUGCCUCCCCUAUUCUUGACCCUCUUUCUCUUAGCGCAAGCCUUUACCCUCGGAGAAUCGAAGCCCUCCAACGACCAUCCAGCGGCCGCUAGUCUGACGACACUAUCAAGCCCAACAGCAAAUGCGGCCCUUUCAAAGUCUUGGUCGGUCAACUGGACGGCCUCCAUGCAAGCACACAUGCCUCUCGACAAGCCGAUACCGAUCAUUACCAAGGGGCCUCUGGAGACGAGCCCGACGCGCAGGAACUCCAGCACCGGCGCAGCCCCGACAUUAGCGACAUGUGCGAACAUCACAUCUGUGAAGACCAUUAUUUCAGCCACGACGGUGACGGUAUGGUCGGUGCCCAAGCUCGCCGCCACCGCCGCGAGUUCUUCGUGCCCGCCCUGCAGCGAAUAUGAAGGUCCACCAAUACUACCAUCAUCGGUUGCCCACAACCACACCAUCCAGACCAGCGUGAUGUCCACCACUGCCAAAUCUCUGACUCGGACAACGCCUGGUCUCGUGCCCAUCGGGAUUAUCGGCCCCACGAUCCUCAGCGAGCCGGUGACGAUCCCCAAUGACAGGGUGCCUCCGUACCCGAACCCGCCACCACUAUCAUCACCCGAAUCCUCGCCUUCGUCGCCGCUUCCGUCCUCAACAACAACGAUAGCAGGGCUCAGCGCCGCGGAGUACUCGCCCAAGUCUACGUCUACGACACCGAGUAUGGCAACGAUGACUACUACUACGACUACAAGUUCGACUGAUUCGGGUUCGGGUUCGGCUGCAACGCCCACGACGACGUUUACGACUACGAUGGACCUGCAAGUCCUCCCGGUGAACUCUGGGGGCACGACGAUUAGGCCGACGCUGGAUUUUGAGGAGUAAGUAGAUGACUACUUCCUCUCCCCAAACUCGAAGGAUACGGCGUGUGUGUGCCGGGUGGUUAGGAAGGGGCAGGUUGGUAGAGUUGGGGCGGUAGGGGGCUCGAUCUACUACGGUUGUGGGUAUCUGUUGGUUAUUUGCCCAGGCGGCGUCUGAGACUUUACAGAUCUCGAUAUCGAAAUUUCUUUUACAUAGGUACCCAGGGUACCUAUAUACAUACUUAGGCUUUCUAGGGUACCUGCCUUUGACUACUUAUUGCCCCUUGAUUUAAGUGACUCUUACCCCUUAUUAGUGUUUAAGGUAUUGCUGCUGGGCGACAUAUUAAAUCUGUAGAGACAUUUC